GUUACAUUAUUAGAAGGUGGUAGGACCGCACACUCUUCAUUAGCAUUUCUAUUGAAUGUACAGGUGAUUUAAAGUGCAACUUAUAAUAUUUCGAGAAAUUCUGCUAUGGCAAAAGUUUUGCAACUAACGUCAAUUAUUUUAUGGGAUGCACUCAUACAAUGGCGACUAAAAAAUCAAUAGAAGCAUUUAAUCGAACCAUGCAAAAUUUACGCGGUACUCAACAGGUUUUUCGUGGUGCUCUGAUAUUGCUUUCAGGGGACUUUCGUCAAACGUUGCCUGCCAUUCUUCGAUCAACUCCUGCUGGUAAAAAACCUGUUUGAAGUCAUCAGUUA